GGGUGGCCACCGUUGGCAGUAGAGCCCGAGACACGGCGGGCGGUGGACGGGUAGUGUGUGUGUGACGCUGCAGCACACCUGCCUUGCUCUCACACACAUGCACACACACAGAGAGAUACUCUCUCUCUCCACACACUAACCCGCUCAAGCUUCCCCCCUCCCCACAUAUAUACAACUCACACACGCGCGCGUCCUCACCACGUACACACGCACUCGACUACAGCUCCAUAUCACCUCAAGGAAUUAUCGUCCAGCAACCAUUGGUGGAAAAGUUUAUUGGAUCCCGGAAAACGGAGUGAUUAACGUUUCUCGAUAUUAAGUUGAAGUGAAGCAAGUUUGGUGUUCUGUGAAUGAAUUGACAUAAAAUAAGUUAUUUAUGUGUAUAUAUAUAUAUAUAUAUUAAUGUUCAUUUAAUGAACUAGUAAACGGAUAAAAGUGAUCGCUACAGAGAAGAUAUAUCCUACUGUACCCCUGGAAACACAAGGAAAUUAAACCCGUGACAGACACACUAUACUGCUGCUUAUAGUUGGUAGUUUUGAUAGAGUUGAAGUGUGACAGUGUGCCCGGGAGGUGUAUAUGGUGUGCGAGGAUAACAACACUGUGAGCAGUGUGGUGGUGGGAGGUGUGUACCCGGAUCUGGCGGGUGUGGGCAGUGUAUCGCGGUGGUGGGCACCCCUGCACGCUCCGCCAUGCUCCCUCCUCCUGCCUCACCAUAACACCAUGACCAUUGUAUCACCGUAUUCCUCGGAUGUGGUGCCCGUGGUGGUGGGUGAGCGCGGGGUAGUGGGCGGGUGCCUGCUGACCGCUAUGUCCGGGGUGGACGCACCACCAGUGGCCGCCCCUUCACCGCCGCCCUCGCCACCCCACACCGCCCACCCGCCCACCGACAAGCAUCACCAUGACUCCAGCAUUGGUAGCGAAGACGUGUCGGGGGUGGUGGGCCGCGGCCGACGGAAGCUGGAGAACGAGGACAGCAGCUAUGACAGUGACUUCGAGCCCUGCGAGCGCCCUGACGAUGACGAGCACGAGGAUGUGUGCCGAACCGUCUCCGACACGCUGUGUGCCGAGUACGCAGAGUACGUCACCAUGCAUAGUCCGCCCACCACCUCCACCUCCACUGCGACCACCAGUACUACUACCAUCGUCCCUACCACUCACAUCCUCGCUACCAGUCUUACAGCAGCCUCCUCCACUACAGCCGCAGUCAUUACAGUCACGUCAACUACAGCCGCAGUCACGACAACCGCAGUCACCACACCCACAGCAACUACAGCCCCAGUCACCACAGCAACUACAGUUUCUGUCACGACAACCACAGCAGUUACAACUUCGACAAGCACGCCAUCUUCAGGUUGUGAAGGCAAGACAAUCCAGGACGCCGUGAGAGCAGCGUCUCCCGCGGUGCGGGUAUCUUCGGCACCGUCAGUGUCCGUGACGCCGCCUGCCCCCGCCACAACCAUAAUGACGAUAGCACAACCUCUCCCCUCGCCCAGUACCGCUGCCAAGGCUGGGACGGUGACGACGGUGACCACCACCAGCAGCGUGCACGAGCCUCUAGCACCAGUGUGCAGUACGUCGGAGGAGCAGACGUCGUCAACGACGACGGGAGGCGUGUCGUGUGUGGUGCUGCGUCCCAGCUACGCCUCCCAGGUAGAGUUCGGCGUCAAACUGGGAUAUUCGGAGGCGCUGGUGCAGAUGGCCCUCGUGAAAUUGGGAGGAACGCCAGAUAAAGACGAGCUUCUAGCGGAGCUCAUCCGUUUAGUUUCCAGCGUGCCCCGAGCCGACGGAGAAGGGGACUCUGCUGACGACGUGACGGACACAAAGGAUGACGUGGAGCAUCAUCAUCACCACCUUCAGCAACAGCAUCAGCAGCCAUCUCUCAAACCCAUUAUUAUCGACGGCAGCAACGUGGCCAUGAGUCAUGGAAACAAGACGACGUUCUCGUGCAGCGGCCUGCGCGUGUGUGUGGACUGGUUCCGUGCCCGCGGACACACCGAGAUCACCGUCUUCGUGCCCUCCUGGAGGAAGGAGGCGCCUCGGUGGGACACACCCAUCGUGGAUCAAGAUGUUCUACUGGAACUCGAGCGAGAACGUAUCUUGGUGUUUACGCCUUCCAGGGUAUGUGGCGGCAAACGCAUUGUCUCCUACGAUGACCGCUACAUCCUCAAAGAGGCUGUGACUUCCGGCGGUGUUGUCGUCAGCAACGACAACUAUCGUGAUCUGGCUGCAGAAUCCCAGGCCUUCCGACGGGUAAUAGAAGAGAGUUUACUCAUGUACUCUUGGGUCAAUGGUCGCUUCGUACCUCCUGAUGACCCUCUAGGAAGAAGUGGACCCACACUAGAUGUCUUCCUACGACGAAGUACUCGAGACAAACAAGCACUAUGUCCAUAUGGUCGUAAAUGUACUUAUGGUAACAAAUGCAAAUAUAUGCACCCAGAGCGAGGCACUGCACCAUUGAAGUCUGUGACAGAACGACUGCAAGAACAAGUACAGAAGCACUACCAAAAUAAGGCCAAAAGCAGAGACUCAUCACCAGGCGAAGGUCUCCGUUUGAAGAGUUUAUCACUUCCAGUGGGUAUUGCAGAAUCUGAUGUAACCAAAAAACCACUAGCACGUACACAGUCUAUAGUGCCAUCAGUGUCCCUCACUCUGCCUUCUGCUCUUACUCAAGAGACUCCAACACAUGAUCUGGGACCCAGCACGUCAUCUGCUUCUUCACACUCGCACCACCACCUCAUGCCCCCGCACAUGGAUACACGCCCACUUGAUCCACUGCGUUCUUCAACUAUGUUUAAGAGUGAUUCCUCUCUCUAUCAUAUAUAUUCCUCCCAGAGCACUCAACCUAGCUAUGGAGCAUCGACUUGGUGGAAGGAUCAAGGAAAUGAACUACCAAUGAGGGCUAUGACUAGCCAACAAGGGGCACCUCCUCAAAGCCCUUCCCAAAUGUAUGGCUCUCAUCUCUCUCUCACAAAACAAAUGUCUGAUCCAGAUCCUGCUGCAUCUGAUAAUCCUCACAGGAAGCUGCAGCGUCAACUUACACUUAAUCCAGCAUAUGAUUCUCGCCUGUACAAGAUAGUUGGCUUUAGAGAACCAGCUCCAGAGCACUUUCCCCUUGCCGGUUCUGGUCAGCAACAACAGCAGACAACAGGACAGGGUUCUCCAAGUAGAACCAUGAAUCGUGAUAAUGAAGCAUUAGCCUUCUCUCAAGUGGCAAGUGGCAUGACAGGACGUGUCUCUCCUGGAUAUUCGUCACCAUAUGGAAGCCGUGAGCAGCUACCAGCAGGGAUGCACCCACCUCUUGCCCGUCAUUCAUCACAAGAGAGUGCCAAGCAUAUGGUUUCUUUGCCACCUCAUUUAUAUCCCACAUAUUCCCAUCCUCAUGUAACACGCUUUGCAUCUGCUCCAGACCCAAUCUGGGGUGGCCAUCAGCAACAGGCAUCUCCUGGACCACCACAAAUUACACGCUUAAAUUCCACAUCUGAUACAAGGCUAAAUGUGUACAGUAGUAGUGACUCACAUUUUUUCCCAGAUGUUUUUGAAGAGCAGUUGGGACGUUUACCACAAUUCCAAACUUUGGGACCUCCGCAUAGUGUAAGCCCUGGCCCAAGUGCUCCUUCACCAGGACCAAUUGGUUCUAGGCCAAUGUCUCCCCAACAAGGUCCGGUUCAUCAUCACUCGCCAAGUGUGUCUCCACGACAGCAACCAGUGGGAUUCUCUUCAAAUUUCUCUAAUCCUACAAGUCAUGAGGAUGCUCGUUUACAUGUUUUUUAUCAUCUAUCAAACCUAUUCCCAGAGGCUCAGGUUAGAGCUGUCUUGGCAAUGUAUCCAGAAGAAACUGACCCCCAGAAAAUAUGUAGUUAUAUUUUGUCUUGUAACCCUGGGCCUGUUGGGUCGCGCCCAAUGUCUCCCCAACAGCUAUCACAGUCAGGAGUGGGUCACCAGUCUCAGGGUGCCCCAGUGUGUGGAUCCUCUCCUCUCUCAGCUGGGUUUUCCAGUUCCCUUCCAACUGCUGCCUCCAGUCAUGAGGAUGCACGUUUACGUAUAUUUUAUAAUUUAUCACAAUUGUUUCCUGUAGCUCAAGUGCGUGCUGUCUUAGCUAGAUAUCCUGAGGAAACGGAUGCAAAGCAGUUAUGUGCCACACUUCUAAGUCAUCUAAGUGGCAAUCAGUCGUGAAGUUAGCACACUGUAAAUAAACUACUGGUGCAUAUCAUCAGGCUCACAACUGCAGCAUGUGUGUGUGUGUGUUAUAACCAGGAUAAUGGCAAUUCGUAGUUGUGCAGUGUUUACAUUCACAUUGCUCUUUAUUAAUGCAAAAUAAAUAUUUGAUUUCAGUAAAACUAAUUUAAAUUCUUAAAAUUCAUUCCAAGAUAUUGGUAAUAUUUAUUGUAGUUCAGAGAAGUGUGAUAGUUAAAUGUACUUAGAAAUUUAAACAUUGAGUGAGGCUGAUAGUAUUAAUGUAAAUAUUCAAGUUAGUAAUGUAAAAUGUUUCAACAAAAAAUUGGGAUCAGAAAGUGGUUUAUAUGUGUAGGAUUGUAUAUAUUACUCAAUGAGCAGGAAUAUAAUUAGAAUGACUGUUUUUCAACAUUGGCAAGUGAAAGCCAUUGUCUUUGUGGUUGCAUUUACAAGAGUACAUGAAUGUUUACCAUGCCUGUAGAUAAUUACUGCUUGUUCAAUUUGACAGUAGUAUAUAUAUUACUUUGGUACUAGCACUGCUGCGAUUGCUACACUUUAGUUCAGGAUGACAAGCUUCGGUUAUGGUUCUUCUGUUCUUUUAAGUGUAAUUGGAGUGUCCCACAGUGUCUUAUGGACAGACUGGAGAACGUGGCUGGAGCUCUCUUGCUAAGUUAGUCACUGCAAUAUAUAGGAAUGGCGCCCUUUCAGUAUGUACAGUAUAGUAUGAACUAUUGUGUUACCAACAACCAGUUUGUUAGCAGGAGGACUCAACAGCCCAUGUUAGCGAGUGCCAUAAGGUGCCAUGGCUUCCAGUCGACCCAGCACCGUUAUCGAGUUGGAUACACUUUUUUUUUUUUCCCUGGUGCUAUGCUGGCUCAGCUUGAGGCUUGUACCACUAGUUACAUGAAACGAUUUGCUCAGCAUCUAGAUACUGAUAGUAUUCUUAAUUAAAGAAUUAUCAGGGAAUCAUUUGACAUGGAAGAGGAAUGAUAAUGCUAUUAGUUGAAAGUUGAACCAUAAAGGAAGAGGUUUGUAAUUAGUGUUGAUAGUUGAUGUUUUGGUGAGCCGCAAGACUCUUAGUCAUUGAGAGUAAUUAAUAGGAUGAGUGAGUUGGCACAAACCUAUCAGGUGGAACAGAUUAUUUUUGUUAUGAAGAUAGAAUGUUUCUAUUAUUACAUAUGAAUUUUUUUUAUUUUGCUACCCUUUCUCUCUUUUAUGCAACGUGUGUGUGUGUAAGGAAGCCACCAGAAAGUGCGAUAUCUGGCUGUGGUUUGGUUUUGUGAUGUUUGAUCACCUCAGGUUCACAUUUUUGUGAAAGUUAUUACUGCAGUACUUUCACUGGUGAGCUUUAAUGAGGUUGGUAUGUAUACAAACCUAGCAGAAUCACACUUUCAAUGUUGGCUGGAGUGAAGCGCGACAUAACAAUACUAUGUAUUGUGGGCUGUACUGGGUGUGUACCCAACCAUUGUGUUGCUACAUCCAUUGCUUCCAAUCAUCACCAGGUUGAAUCAUAAGCUACCUUUAUUGCUCCUCAGUGUUCAUUCUUCCAGUAGUGUGAGUGUGCCAGUAAAGAUGGGGUUGCUUAUAUGUGGCUUCUGUUCAACCUGCCAUAAUAGGGCUCUGGUGAUGAGUGAUAUGCAAUGAGUGUAGCUUGACCGCUGCAUAGCGGUAACUGUGUAGCUCAUAUUGAUCUUGAGGGUUUACCACACUUGGACUUAAGUCUUCUCAUUUAAGAAGAAUUAUUUAAUGGAUAUUAUUUCCAUUACUUAGUAUCUGAAGUGCACUAAUCCCAAACAUUUUAUAGUUCUUUUAUUUAUAUUUACAUCCAUGUUAUAUAAGGUGGAUCAAAUUUAAACACUUUUGUCAAUUUUUUUUUAAUUGUGGAGGUUUUGGUGUCGUUCUUCAAAACUUUGUAAAACAAUUAGAUUAAUCCUUUUUGCAAGUCUAGGAGGUGACCCUCUCUUGGCUUUUCACACUGACCUUCCUACACUCGGAAUAAAGAAAAAACCGGCA